AUGUCAGGUGCUGUACUAACAUUACAGUGGGACUGUGAGAGUGGGCACUUUGGAACCUGGGCUUCCUCAGAUGUUCUUACUGUAAGAAAUAAUCAGAAAGUGUAUGUGAACAAUUUUCAAAUGGCAGCAGCUAUUACUCAGUGGAAAUAAUUUCUUGAAAUUUAGCCUUCUGUCCGAGUUUCUUGGUCUAGAAAUUAUUUCUGAAACACUCUUCUACAGAAUUCAGAAGCUUUAUUGCUGUCCUUCUAUAAAAAGGAUGUGGAAUGAUGUUUAUAAGGAUGUGGUACAUCAGCAUUUCUCAUAAAAAAAAAGCCUUUAUUUAAAGAGGGUAGCACUUAAUAGCCAAAGGCUAAUAAACUUGUGGCCCUCAUUUUAACGUCUCCUAAUGGAGACGGGACCGCCAUUUUACAUGGUCAUCCGAGCCACACAAAGGUCCAGCCGCCCGCAGGGCAAAGGAAGUACCUUCAUUUCUCAGUUAUUUUAAGACCCUAAGUAUUGGUCCGGCCCCGGGAAUCAAACCCGCGACCUCCCGCUCUGCAGUCAAGCGCUCUACCGACUGAGCUAAUCCUGCCGCGGUAAAGUUCUGGAAGAAAAGACUCUCCUGGGCACACUGCACAAUCUGUGUUUUAUACACACUCAUGGAAGAGAGUCUGAAGUUGUUAGUGGACCAGGAAGUGGUUAAUUGUCAGGAGAUGGGUGGAAAAUCUGCCAACAUGCAGGGUGCAAAGAAAGUCAGUUUUACAGCCUGCCAUUCGGGCAAGCUGUAGCUAGCACGUACUAGCCCACAAGUCAUUUCAACAAGCACCAAAACCCUUUUUGAUUAGCAGGACUGAUUACAAUCCUUCUGUGAUUUGAAUUUCCCCAAAAAACAGCACUUGCCCGCUGGGAAAGUUAAGAACAAAAAUCACUAGCCCGAUAGGAAAAUUCACUAGCCCCAGGCUAUCAGACACGACUUUCUUUGCAUGCUGACAUGGAAAAACUGGCCCUUACUUAAGAUUACUACAAAGGCUGAAGGAUGUACUGAAAGUAGAUCAUUCACAGAUGCAUCACCAUCUACUGUAUCAUAGCCUGCGUAGCAUGGCGGUUUUGUCGAGCCAGGCGCACGAGCGGCAAAGCCGCGAGAAAAAGAAAAACCCGCCCCAAUCUCCUCGUGGUUUUUCUGCCCUCACCCGCCUUUAUUACUUAGCAACCAAAACCGCCAUGCUACGCAGGCUAACUGUAUCAAGGCACUGGUGUGGGGUCUAAAAGGUAUAGCAUUUCAUUCCAAUAAUGAAAUUAUCUACAUGUACCGUAAAUCAUCUAUUAAGCCCCCCCAUCUCAAAUACGCCCCCCCUCUUAUAAGCCCCCCUCCCCUCUUUCAGGGAAAGAAAGGGUUAGUUAUAAGCCCCCACCCCCUUUCCCCCUCUAUUAAGAAGGUGCAAAUGGGGCAGGUGGCCUGUCUUUAUCACCAUGAUAAAGGACCAGGGAUAUUGCUGUGCUGCUUCCAUUUUGAUGGGGUGCAAGUUCAAUUGCUCAUUUCCCUACCCAUAUGCCAUUCCUUAUUUAUUUUCUGGGUGGAGUGUAGAAGCGAAGGACUUUCAGUAAAUUUACUGAUAUCUUCCUUUUGCUAAAAUAAAGUUGUUGCACCUAAAUUGUAAGGGGUUAUAGAAAUUUAGUAUAUACACAAUCAGUGAUCUUGGUAAUUCAAGCAAUCUGAUUGGUUAGCUAUCUCGGACUAUGACGUUAUAUUCACCACGCUAGGCGGUGAAUAUAAAGCAGAACAAAAUAGCUGUCAUAAACUGGGUGUUUUGCCAAAGUUUCAUAGUAAAGCCUUUUUGAAAGUACACGAAUAUCCAAAUGCUGAUGACUUUGAUGGCAAGAAAAGACUUCAUGGUGUUUAAACAGGGUGAUUUAUUGUUAAGUGGUUAACUUCGCCUUUGGCAAAUAAUUAUUUUGCGGAAGGCGAAGUUAAUAUUGUUGAAUAAUCGUCUUGGGGAUUAUUCAGCAAUAUUGUUGAACAAUUAUUGUUAAAUAUGUAUAGAAAGUGGGUAAAUGGCUCUUUUCAAAACUUAUGUCUUAGGCCUUAAAAUUAUUGUUGCAUAUAAAUAUAAUUAUUUGCUUUGUUUUUCUUUUUUUUUUCACAGAAGGACCAGAUUUAAGGAGUUCAGUAAUAACUUUAAAAGUGUUGUGGUUCAAUUUAAUCCUUGAUUUUAAUUUUAAUUUUUCUUUGCUUGUCAUACAGUUGUGAUGGUAAAUUCCAUUCUCAGAUUGCAGUAAAAUUUUUUUCCUCAACCAAGAGAGGAUACAAGUGCACUUUGGUUCAAUCUGAGAGUUGUUUUAACCUUCCAUAUAGACAAUCUUUUUUUUUUUACUGCAGAACAAAAUAGAGAACUCCAGGAAGUCAUCCAUUACCUGGACAUUUGA